CACCACAUCUAUGACUGUUGAUACUUACAACAAUCUAUAAUCUCCAACUAUAUAAAUUUCGCCAUGGUCGACACAAGAAAAGUGGGCGUUCUGGGCGGCGGCCAGCUCGGUCGCAUGUUGAUCGAGGCGGCAAAUCGACUCAACAUCCAAGUCAACGUCCUCGACGUAGAUAAAUCGCCCGCAAAGCAAAUUUCGUCACAUGACGGCCACAUUUCCGGAUCCUUCAAAGAUGCAGCAGCAGUUAAGAAGCUAGCAGAAUCAUCGGAUGUCGUUACCGUGGAAAUCGAGCACGUGGAUGUGGGCAUGCUGGAAGAGGUAUCGAGUCAGGUCGCUGUGGAGCCCAGCUGGAAAACGCUCAAGAUUAUCAAAGACAAAUACGCCCAAAAAGGAUAUCUUGAAUCCCACGGAGUCCAGGUUGCUGAAAGUAUUGAUCUGGAAGGAAAAGGUGUGGAGGGUUUGAAAGAGGUUGGCAGCAAGUUCGGCUACCCGUAUAUGUUGAAGAGCAAGACUGAGGCGUAUGAUGGACGAGGAAACUUUGUGGUCAAGAGCGAGGGCGACAUUGAGGCUGCACAGAAGGCAUUGGGCGACCGACCACUCUACGCCGAACGCUGGGCAGAUUUCAGGAUGGAGCUUGCCGUCAUGGUUGUAAAGACCAAAGACGGAGUCCUGACCUUUCCCACUGUUGAGACCAUCCACGAAGACAGCAUCUGCAAGCUCACAUACGCACCCCCAAGGAACGUAUCUCCAGAGAUCACAGCAAGGGCUCAAGAACUCGCAAAGAAGGCCAUCGGUGCGUUCGAGGGCAAGGGAGUCUUCGGUGUAGAAAUGUUCCUGCUCAAGGACGACACUCUCCUCAUCAACGAAAUCGCACCCCGACCUCACAACUCUGGACACUACACCAUCGAAGCAUGCCCUCUCUCCCAGUACGACGCCCACCUACGCGCCAUCCUCGACCUCCCCAUCCCAGAGUCUGGCCUCCGACUCCGCGAACCCGCCAUCAUGCUCAACAUCCUCGGCGGCCAGACCACAGACUCCCACGUGCAAAUCGCAAAGAAAGCCCUCGAAUCCCCCAACGCCUCCAUCCACCUCUACGGCAAAGGCGACGCCCGACCCGGCCGCAAGAUGGGACAUCUCACCGUGACCGCACCAACCCUCGCCGCCGCCGAAAAGGAAAUCCAACCCCUAAUCGACGUCGUCGACCAGCAAAAAGGCAAAGCCGUCACACCUAGCCCCGCCUCUUCCUCUCCCGAGCCCCUCGUCGCCGUAAUCAUAGGCUCCGACUCUGACCUCCCCGUCCUAAAAGCCGGCCUCGACAUCCUCACGAAGCUCCAGGUCCCCUUCACGACGCGCAUCACGUCCGCGCACCGGACGCCGGACUGGCUGCGCGAGUACAGCAAAGCCGCCGGCACGGCCAACGGCCUCCGCGUCAUCAUCGGCGCGGCGGGCGGAGCUGCACAUCUGCCCGGCAUGUGCGCGAGCUGGACGACGCUGCCAGUCAUUGGAGUCCCCGUCAAGGCUACGCACCUCGACGGCGUGGAUUCGUUGUACUCGAUGACGCAGAUGCCGAGGGGGGAGCCCGUGGCGACGGUGGGGAUCAACAAUUCGACGAAUGCGGCGCUGUUGGCGGUCAGGAUACUGGGGGCCACGGAUUUGGAGGUUAGGGAGAGGUUGAGGGUUUGGAUGGAGGGGAAUGAGAAGGAGGUGUUGAGGAAGGACCAGAAGUUGCUUGAGGAGGGGUAUCAGACUUAUUUGAAGAGUAUGGGGAAGUAGGGGGUUCGUAUGUUUUCAAGAUGUUAUCAAAAGGGGUGGGUAGGGGGUUGUUAAGUUAUGAUUUAGACGCAAUUCAAUGAUAGAGAUGAUAUAGUUCUUAUGGUUGCCGUGUGAAGAGUUUUGGCAGGUGGAGAUCGUGAUGAUUGCCUCGAAUUGCACGGGUGUGUUGGUUAUGGGACAAGGGCCUUUGGAUAG